AUGCACGUCUAUUCCAUUCAGCAGAUACUUGAGGUGCGGUCCAUGUACAAAGAUGCGCCGUACCCGGGCUUUUCUCUUGAAGAGGCGUGUCGGCGGAAGAAAAUGACGCAGACAAAACUUGUGCGAGGCGCCAACGCGUGGGUUGCUCGGGGCUCGGCGAAGACGACGGAGGAGUGGGUGGAGCGGCUGGUGCAGGGCUCACUCAAUAAACUGAGCACGGCGAAUUUUGACGACAUGGUGGCGAAGCUCCAGACGGAGGUAAUUUUUUCCACGAAGGAGACACUAAACAUAGCGGUGAGGAUUAUCUUCAAGAAGGCAUUGGAUGAGCCGGAGUGUAGUAAGUCAUACGCGGGUGUCUGUUACAAGCUGGCGGAGUUUGAAGUGGGAAUCACCGCCGCCAAGCAAAAGGCGGAGGGCAAGAAAUACUCCAAGCUGCGUAAUGCCGUAGUCAGCAUUGCACAGGAGGAGUUUCUGAGCCGGCGGAAGAUGCCGUCGAUGGAGGGGCUCACGGAGGAGGAGAUGGAGCUGCGGCGCACCACCUUCAUGCGGCGCAAGCGAGCGAACAUGAAAUUUAUUGGAGAAUUGUUUAUGCACAAAGUCCUUUCUUGCAACACAAUGAUGAACAUUAUUCAAACCAUCAUGCAGGAGGCAGAAAGGGGAGGAUACCCCACAAGCGAAGACAUUGAGUUCCUUACAGAACUCUUUUUAACCAUUGGCGAGAGUCUUGACGCCGUGCCUGAGCUGCGUGUGAGGCUGAACGGGUACUUUGAGCUUCUGGAAAAAUUGAAGGACCAGAAGGAGGUUUAUCCCCCACGUAUUCGUUUUAAGAUGCUCGACCUCAUUGAACUUCGCAGUAAAUUUAACUGGGAGCGACGGGCAACAGCGGCACCAAAAACUUCCUCUCAGACGCAGCGGGAACCCACACGGGUGACGGACAAAGUGGUUGCCACACGCUCCUCGAUGAAUGCAUCGUCCAGUGGAAGCAAGAAGGGAAGGCAAGAUUCCGUUUCCGAUCCGGCCUCACAGCAAGCAGCAGCUGCCGCAGCAGCGAAGACAGCGAUGGGAGAGGCGGGUGGUCGCAGUUGGAGCAACGUCGUCAAGUCGCCUCAGUCGCCACGGGAUGCUACCGUUGCGCGGGCCGUUGAAACGGUGAAUUUUGAGGCACGUGUCCGGUCCCUCUUCCAGGAGUGGGUUGCCGAGUGCUCCAACGACUUUAUUCCGGAAUGGAUGAAUGAGUUCCGUCACUGCCAGCGGCAUUUUGACUCGGAAGAUGCCCUUUGCAAGGCGGCGGCAGAAGUGGUCGUACGAGAGGCGUGCAUGACCACAAAGAAGGAGGCUCAGCGGGAGGCGAGCAGCUUUCUUAUCGUAGGGCUCUUCCUGGAAGACGAUGAGGUUUUGGACGGCUUUGCCAUGGCGUUGGUCUCCGCCAUUGAGGAAGGGAUCUUGGAGGAUGUGCCGAAGUUUAGCGAGCGCUUUAUCAACAUGCUUCGAAUUACUUCUGGCGAGAAUACCGUUGCGGAUGUGUAUUAUGACACGGCACGCGUGUUGUGCACGGCGUAUGGCUUGAUGCGGGAGCCCGAUGAGAUGGUGCUUGAUACAAUGAUGGAGUUCUGGGAGAAAAUACCCCGCCCAGCGACGGACGAGAACGCCGUCCUGCCGCUUCAAGUUGUGCAGUCCCUAGUGGAAAUGUCAACACGCGGGCAGGCGCCACUUACUGGCCGCAUCAUUGCCUCGUUGCACUCCAUUGGCCUUGUACAUGACGAGACAGUGAGGGAAUGGCUCGCAACCCCACACGAGGAAACGAGCGCUGAAGUAGUCGAGGCGUUUAAGAAGGCGAACAAGUGA